CGGGGCGCGCAUGAAGCAGCCCCCCCCGCAGCCCCCGGGCCGCCGCCGAGCGCCCGGUACCGCCCCCCGGGAGCACCGCCCCGCUCCGCUCCCGGGCGUCCCCGCGGCGGCCGAGGGGAACGCGGGGCCCGGGGGUUGCGGAGGCCCCGGGGGUGCGGAGCGGCCGCCGCCCCCACCGGCCGCGGCGGACGGAAGAGGAAGUGGCGCCGCUCCGGGAGCCGGCGGGGAAAGGCUCCGUGGCGGGCGUGCGGAGCCCGAGCCCAGCCGAGGCGCUUCCCCGAGCGGCUGAGGAAGAUGAGGGCCGCCGCGCUGCUGUGGGCCGCGCUGUGGGGCCUGCUGCUCCCGCCGGUAACUGCAGAUGAGGGGAUCCUGCAUGCUUCUGGAAGUGGUGAACCUCCAGUAACAAAGGAUUACUGCAUGAUUUACAAUUCUAGUUGGGUAUCUCUUCCAAAGAGCCUGGACAAUGCUACUUUUAGCACUCUGGAAAACCUGACUUCUACAGUACUCUGCAAUUAUUCUGAAGUUCCUUCUGGCUUAAUGAAGGACAAAGCCGUUGUAGUGAUGAUAGGAAACUGCACUUUUUUGGAGAAAGCAAGAAUUGCACAAAGUUCGGGUGCUAAAAUGCUGUUGAUUGCCAGUAAAUCUAGGCUGUCUCCUCUUUCAGAUAACAAGACUGAUUUUGAAGAUGUGACGCUUCCAGUUGCUCUUAUAAGAUACAAUGACAUAGUAGAUAUGCAGCUGACACUUGGAAAAGAAGUUAAUGUCACUCUGUACUCGCCACCUUUGCCGGAGUUUGAUUACAGCAUGGUUGUCAUCUUCCUAAUUGCUGUGUUCACAGUGGCACUGGGAGGCUACUGGAGUGGAGUAGCAGAACUUGAGAAUUUGAAAGCAGUAGCAAGUCCUGGGGAGAGAGAAGCAAGACAGAAGAAGGAAGAAAAUGUUACUUUCACCCCUGUAACAGUUAUCUUGUUUGUUGUCAUCUGUUGUGUCAUGCUGGUCUUACUGUAUUUCUUCUACAGAUGGUUAGUGUAUGUUAUAAUAUCAGUCUUCUGCUUGGCAUCUGCAACGAGUCUGUACAACUGUCUUGCAGCAUUAAUAGGACAAAUACCAUUUGGGCGGUGCAGGAUUACGUGUGGCAACAAAAACAUUGAAGUCAGGCUUAUUUUUCUUGCUGCGUUCUGCACAGCAGCAGCUGUUGUCUGGGCAGUGUUUCGAAAUGAAGAUAGGUGGGCUUGGAUAUUGCAAGACAUUUUGGGAGUUGCUUUCUGCCUAAACUUUAUUAAAACACUGAAAAUGCCCAACUUUAAGUCCUGCGUGAUACUUCUUGGCCUUCUCCUUCUGUAUGAUGUGUUUUUUGUCUUCAUAACACCAUUUAUCACAAAGAAUGGGGCAAGUAUAAUGGUUGAAGUUGCAGCUGGUCCUUUUGGAAACAGUGAAAAGAAUGAUGGAAACUUGGUGGAAGUCCCUACUGAACGCUCAGCUCCCCAUGAGAAAUUACCUGUGGUUAUUAGAGUGCCUAGACUUGAAUACUCUGCAUCGACACUGUGUGACAUGCCAUUUUCACUGUUGGGUUUUGGAGACAUUAUUGUCCCAGGACUUCUGGUUGCCUAUUGUCGAAGAUUUGAUGUUCAAACACGUUCACCUUCUGUAUACUACAUUUCCUGUACAAUAGCUUAUGCUGUUGGUAUGGUGCUGACCUUCGUUGUUUUGGCAUUAAUGAAGAUGGGACAACCUGCCCUUCUCUAUCUUGUGCCAUGUACACUCAUUACUAGCUCACUGGUUGCUUGGAGGCGUAAGGAGAUGAAGAAGUUUUGGAAAGGAAGCAGUUACCAGGUAUCGGACUCCUCCAGGACGCCUUUGCUACAAGAUGAUGGAACACCUGGAUUACACAGGAAAUGAAGAAAGCUCAGCAUCAGCCAGCGAACAGCAUGGAGGACAAUAACAUGUAGGAUCCUGAUUUAAAAUAGUAUUAGAAUUUUCUACAAAUUAAUUGCAGUAAAAUUGGUGAAGCUUUACAAUAGAGUAUUUCCUACUCUGUGUAAAAGGGUUUUUUACUCCCGCACCUAUAUUUUUAUGGAAAAUAUUGUUUAACAUAAAAGUAAUCAAAAUACAAGACUUGCAUUUUUACAGCCAAACCACAGCUAGUAAAACAGUGCCUUAUGUCAAUUUAAAUAAAAGGAUAUUUUCUAUGCAA